CCCGCGUGGUGGCGCUGUAUUUUGUAAUAAUCGUCCAAUCCAAUGGAGGAAAAUGUAGUUUUCAAAACUUGGACUGUGUAUUCAUAUGUGAUUGAAGUUUGAUUUUUAUUGAAUAUUUGAUUCCAUUAAGGACUGGGUGUGACUACAAAUAUUGAUUCAAAAUGGGUGAUGAUAGUGAAUGGAUGAAAUUGCCAACGGAUGAAAAAGUCCAACAUAAGGUGUGGAAAGCUCGUCUGGCUGGGUAUGAGGAAGCUUGUAAAUUGUUCAGUUCUAUAACAGACGAAAAGUCACCUGAAUUUAACAAGUAUGCUGGUUUAAUGAAGAAAUUUGUCACUGACACUAAUGCUUUCGCACAAGAAAAAGGAUUGGAUGCAGUAAUGGCAUUUAUAGAAAAUGCUAAUGUAGCAGGAAGGGUGUGUCAGGAUGUCUUACAAGGUGUCAUUACAAAGUGUUUCAAUAGCAGCAAACAGAAAACAAAGGAGAAAGCCAUGGAGGUUUUUAUGUUGUACAUAGAAGCAGAAAAACAGGACAUAGUUCAGGAAUGCUUACUUGCUGGUUUAGACAACAAACAGCCCAAAAUAGUGAUCACCACAGUCCAGACAAUCACAUUGGCUCUAAGGAAUUUUGGAAAUAAAAUCAUGCCUAUUAAACCUCUUGUUCCCAAACUGCCCAAACUUUUGGAAGAUCGUGACAAGACUGUGAGAGAGGAGUCCAAGACGUUGAUUAUAGAAAUUUAUCGAUGGAUUAAACAAGCCAUCAAGCCGCAGAUGACUAACUUCAAUCCUAUACAGGUCGCUGAACUUGAAGCUGAGUUUGAAAAAGUUGGAAAUGAGAAGCCACAACAACAGAGGUUUCUCCGCUCACAGCAAGAUUUAAAGGCUAAAAUGGAAGAGCAGGCAGCCGCUGGAGGGGGAACAGCAAAUGAAGGGGAAGAAGAGGUCGAGGAUGAAGUAGAUGCUUAUGAACUCCUGCAGGCUGUGGAUAUUCUGGCUAUGCUACCCAAAGAUUUCUAUGAUAAAAUUGAAGCAAAGAAAUGGCAGGAGAGGAAAGAAGCAUUAGAGGCCCUAGAAAAGCUUGCCAGCAAUCCUAAACUAGAAGGUGGAGAUUAUGGACAGCUUGUCAGAGCUCUACAGAAGGUUAUCAGCAAAGAUACAAAUGUGAUGUUGGUAGCUUUGGGGGGAAAGUGUAUGGCAGGAAUCGCCAAUGGCCUACGUAAAAAGUUCACCCCUUAUGCAGUCAGUACAGUGCAAUGUGUCCUGGAGAAAUUUAAGGAGAAGAAACAGAUGGUAGUGGUUGCCCUGAGAGAGUGUAUUGAUGCUGCCUUCCCUUGUAUAACGUUGGACUCAGUGCUAGAGGACAUUGUAGCAGCCCUGGAGAACAAAAACCCAUCCAUCAAAGCUGAAACAGCUAGUUUCCUGGCCAGGUGCUUCGCCAAAAGCUCCAUGAGCACGCUGCCAAAGAAACUACUCAAGUCAUUUUGUACAAGUUUAAUAAAGACUGUUGCAGACACGGCCCCAGAAGUACGAGAUGCCUCCUUCCUCGCCCUGGGCACAGCAAUGAAAGUCGUGUCAGAGAAACACAUCAUGCCAUUCUUAGUAGACGUGGACAAUCUUAAGAUGCAGAAGAUUAAGGAGGCUUGUGAUACUGCAGUUUUACUGAAUAUGAAAGGAGAGCCACGAGCUGGACAGACAGCCAGUAAGCCAGCUAACAACGAGCCCAAACCAGUUCAAAGGCCUGCCACUGCUGCCCCGUCAGCGGCCAAGGCCCCAGGUUCUCGUCCUUCUACAGCUCCCUCUGGUAAAAGCAAGAGUGGAGGUCCCCCAAGGAAAGCUCCAGCCAAAGGAAAAGGAGCAAAAAAGGGUCCUGCUGGGGCCAACAAAGAGGAGGUCACAGAGCCUUUGUUAUCUGAUGAAGCUGUGGAUGAGAAGGCUGAGGCAUUGUUUACUGCUGAUAUUCUCAAACAGUUGUCCAGCUCCAACUGGAAAGAGAGGCUAGAGGGAACUCAGAAAAUGACUGAUAUUGUGAAGGGGAAGAGCAAAGAGGAACUAAAGACACAGGUUGUGGUGAGAACUCUGGCCAAAAAACCAGGAAUCAAGGACAAUAACUUCCAGGUGCUGAAGUUGAAGGUAGACCUACUGGCUUAUCUUGGUAAGAACACAGUGUUCACCAAGGUGUCGGCCGGUUUUGUACUCAGUGACCUUGUGGAUAAAGUGGGAGAUGUGAAGAAUGGGUCGGGCGUCCAGGAGGCCCUCAGCUGUAUAGCUGAGUCCUGCUCACUGGAGUUUGUGGGGAAGGAGGUCAUCACCAUGGCCUUUGAGCAGAAGAAUCCCAAAAACCAAUCGGAGGCGAUCAACUGGCUGACAAAUGCAAUAAAGGAGUUUGGCUUGAAAGUGAAUGUGAAGCUGCUGAUUGAAAAUAUAAAGAAAUCAUUCGCCCAUACAAACCCUGCCGUGAGAUCAGCAGGAAUUUCCUUGUGUGGGGUCAUCUAUAUGUACAUGGGUCAGAACUUUAGGGUCAUGUUUGACAGCGAAAAACCAGCUCUACUCAAGGAACUGGACGCUGAAAUAGAGAAAGUGAAGGGAGAGAAGCCCCCAGCACCGACCAGAGGAUUAGCUUCUGGAGGUGGGGAUGCUGACGAUGAUGAAGAUGAAGUAGACGCUGAUGACAAAGACGAUGACAAGAUUGAUGACUCGUUGCCCAGGACAGAUAUUAGUGAGAUGAUAACACAAGAUCUAGUCAAUGAGAUGGCAGACAAGAACUGGAAGAUAAGAAAAGCGGCCUUAGAAAAGUUAGAGACUAUUCUGAAAGAAUCCCCCUUUGUGGCCCCUAACUUAGGUUUAUUACCAGAAGCUUUGAAACUGAGACUGAAUGACAACAACAAAAUUUUGAUUGCUACCACACUGGGAAUUUGUUCCUCUCUGGGAACAAAACUGGGGCCCCAUUGUAAGGCUCAUAUCAGAAUAAUAGGACCAGCUUUGAUUGGCUGUUUUGGAGACAGUAAACCUAACCUGCGAGCUUCUGCAGUGUCUGCACUUAAUGUGUGGAUGGAGAAUAGUAAUUUGGUUCCAUUGGUGGAGCAGGAAACAUUAAGUGAUGCACUCAAACUGGAGAACCCAAACCUUAGACAGGAGCUGCUAGGCUGGCUGAGUGAGAAGUUGCCUAGCCACAAACCUCUACCCUCAGAGUUCAAGCUGUGUAUCCCCCACCUACUCACGUGCCUCGAGGAUCGUAAUGGAGAUGUGAGAAAGAAGGCCCAGGAUGCGGUUGUUCCCUUCAUGAUUCACACUGGAUAUGAGUCGGUCUUUAGAGCUUGCUCCAAGCUAAAGCCUGCAUCAAAAGAUCAAAUAAUGGCUAUUAUCGAGAAAGCUAAAGCAAAUCUUCCUGCGAAACCAGCAAAGACCAAGAAAGGAGCCUCGGCUAAGGCAGCAGCUGCCCCUGUGUCCAUGGAUGACAUGGACGAUGAGCCUAAGGCAGCCCCCAGCAGGCCCCUGUCUACUGCUUCAUCAGAGGGAGGGGCCGAGGGCAAGACAGAAACCAAGACCAGAACUGUCAGGGGAAAGGCUAAGGCUGCUCCAGCACCAAGCAAGAAGAAGAAGACAGAGGAGGACACUAGUCCCCCGAUGAAUCUGACCGUGCCUAAAGAGAGAAGGUUCAAGGAUGAGAAGAGUCUCAAGAUUCUGAAGUGGAACUUUCUCCAACUAACUGGGGAAUAUGUAGAACAACUUACCCUGCAGAUGGAGAAAAAUUUUAGUAAAGGCAUGAUGGACAUGAUGUUCAAUGUGGACUUUAAGCAGCACAUCAAGGCCAUAGAGAUUCUCAUCAAGAGCCUGGAGACGCUGCCUGAUGAGACGAUUGGUAACCUUGACCUUAUUUUGAAGUGGUUCACGGUGCGGUUUCUGGACACCAAUCCAAGCAUGCUCAACAAGGCACUCGAGUACCUGCGACUUGUCUUGAGCAUGCUUGUUGAGAUGGACUACAGUCUGCAUGAGUACGAGGCUAGCUCAUUCAUCCCCUACUUGAUCAUCAAGGUUGGAGAUGCGAAGGACAAUGUGAGAAAAGAUGUGCGGGGUAUUAUAAAAAUUCUGUACAAGUUGUAUCCUGUCAGCAAGAUGUUUACUUUCCUCAUGGACGGAAUUAAAUCCAAAAAUGCCAAACAGAGAAUGGAAUGCAUUGAGGAGUUGGGUAACUUAAUUGAGGCCUAUGGUAUUUCUGUGUGUCAGCCCAGUCCUAACGUGGCUGUCAAAAACAUUGCCGGUCAGAUCGGAGAUCGGGAUAACGGAGUACGAAACGCUGCCCUGAACGCCGCAGUGCAAGCUUACAUGGACGUGGGCGAAAACCAGUUUUAUAAGCUAACAGGAAAUCUAAAUGACAAGGACCAGAGCCUGUUAGAUGAAAGAAUAAAGAGAUCACUAAAAAAUAAACCAGCACCAAAAGCAAAAGAGGAGGAGAGACCAAAAACAGCAGCACCGGCUCAGCCCCAGAGGUCUGCUUCACAAUCACAGAUCCAGAGACCAGCCACAGCACUGCCGAAGUCUGCCUCUUCUAGCUCCAUGAAAAAGACCUACCUCACAACAUUUGAGUUUGAAAAAACUGAGAUGGAAAUGCCAAAGCUGAAUCAGUUUGAUCUGGAUGAGCUCUUUAAACCAGUGGAGAUGCCCAAGAUCAACCGGGCCAGGGAUCCUUCCCCAAUGACACGGGUCAGUCCGGCCGAUGCCUCGGCCACGAUAGGUGUAGUGAUAGCACAGAUAACCAGCACUGAUAUCUUGACCUGUAUACAGGCUCUAGCUCAGAUUGAUGAACUGUUGAAAGAUGAGGAGCGAGCGCAUCUGCUUGGUGGCCAUGUUGAUCAGUUGAUGCUGCACAUCUCCAUGCAGUUCCGGAUGACCCUGUCCACACACAUGAACAACGAUGACGUACCCAAAGAGGAAGUGGUCCGCCUCUACCGCUGCCUGCUGGGAACUCUCCUUGCUUUGACACAAAAUCCAUUUCUGGCCACAAAGACAUCUAAGGAUAUCUUAAAGGAUCUGUUUAACAGCCUGAUUACAAUCCUUCUUGACCAGCGCCUGAGUCUGCUACAUGAUGGCCCGCAAGUCGUGCGGUCCGUCAAUGUGAUGAUCGUCAAAAUCAUGGAGAAGUCUGACUACACCAACAGUCUGUGUGCCUUGAUUAAAUCGCUGCAGGAGUGUGUGUCCAGUGAAGCCUGCUCACCCAAGUUCCUUGAACUCAUCAUGAAGUGUAUCUGGAAAAUGAUAAAGAUGGUCCCUGAGAUCAUCAAUGAUUUGGCUGUAGACAGAAUUCUACUGGAGACUCACUUGUUCCUGAGGAACUUCCCGACCAGCACGUGGAAGAACCGGACCAGCGAUCUGCCGCUCCGAACUAUUAAGACUGUGAUACACACACUGGCAAUGCUCAAGGGCUCCAAGAUUCUUGGUCAGCUGAAUUUAAUUGAUGCGUCAGAGAAUUCAGAAGUUAAGAUGUUUUUACAAAAAAGUUUGAAGAAGGAUCCAAACUCAAGAAAUGAGAUGAAUGGUUCCUCUGAUGACACAGAUUCUGUCAAGAGUCAUCAAAAACCUAAGAAGUUAAACAAAAGUACACAUGACAUGUUAGCUGAAAUAUUCAAGAAGAUUGGAUCCAAAGAAAAUACCAUUGAGGGAUUGAACAACCUGUACGACUUCAAGAAGAAGCACCCUGAGGCAGACCUUGACCCGUUCCUGAAGAUGUCUUCCCAGUACUUCCAGAACUACAUUGAGCGGGGCCUGAAGAACAUAGAGAGGGAGCGGGAGGGGAGGGCUCCAUCACAAUCCGAACCCACAGGUUAUGGUAUGACUGAGAGGAUGACAAAGCCCACACCUGCUCCCACAUCAGCAGAAGAGUUGGACAUCAAUUUCUACAUGAACAAGUUACGAACCAUCAGAGCCAACUGUGGUCUGGAGAAUGCAGAUCCUUCCAAACAAGAAAAUAUGUCAAAAAAAGAAGACAUGCCAGAAAAGGUAGAAAAAGAAAAUAGAGAGAUGGAAGAGGAGAUUUGUGUAAAGCCAGUGCUGUCCUCAUCAGAGAAUCGUGACAACAACCAAACAGCAUCUAGUGGUUCCAAGUCAACCGAUGUGUCAGAACUCAAAAUGAGGCUAGAACGCAUUAAAAGGCUAGCCAAAAGUUGAAAACCAGGUCACUCAAGUCUAAAUGUGUUCUUUUGACAAAAUAGUGAUCUAUGCUUUCUGUUGUGUACAGAUAGAAGAAAAAUGGAAGCAGGAGAACAGAUUGAGGAGGAUUUCUUCAUUGUUGUUCUUGCAUGAUAUUGAUCCAGGGACUCUUCGUCUAGCAUGCACGCUAGUGCUUUAUUUAUGCAAUUGUUUUUAAAGACUAUUUGCCAUUUAAUUAACAAUGUGGCUUAUUGUGCAGUUUCAGUGUGCUAGAACUAAUAUGAAUGCUGGGAAAAAGGCAUUGGUAUGAAUAAUAAGCUAUAUAUGAAUAUGUAGCCUACAUAAUUGUUUGCAUUAGGAAAUUUAUUAAGGUAUUUUCUUUUUUCAAAAACCAAUGCCUCAUUAUUGUAAGGUGAUUUGCUACAUGAAUACAACAGUUGUGUGCAUUGUCUUGUUUUAGAGAUAUGUACAUUUUCUUUUAAUGAUAUUGCAUUAUUCCCUCUCUGAAGAAAUUACAACUACAUCAUGUACAUAUAUUUGUUAUCAUGUAGUAUUUUAACUGCCAGCUCCGAGACCAGUAUAAAAAUGUUGCCCUUUUUGUAUAUAUUGAGUAAAUUUUUAGUAUUUGAAAGAUUACAUCUCAUAUUGUGCAAUUAAAAGCAAGUGGAACUCUUCACUGCUGAAUGUCUAUCCUAUAAAUCUUGCUUUUUCUAUUGACCUCCCUAUUUUCUCUGUCUGUUGUGGCCCAAUUAACACACUGAAGUACUAACAGUGGAGUUGUCUUAUUAUCCUGUGCUACGAGUGAUCCCAUGUUGAUGUUGUCCUUCAGUUUUUGAUCUUUUUUGUCUGAGAUACAUCAUUUUUUUUACUUUAUGUAAAAUUGGGAUACUUAAUAUUUUGUGAUCAGUGUAAGUGCAAACAUAAUAAAAUGUCAAAAAAUGAAA